GGUGUGAGUUAGGAAAUAAACCAAAAUAUCUAGUUAACGAAGACUUAAGGGCUCAAGUUCAAUUAUUCAUUAUUCAAUAUAAUAUUAAGAAGUAUUAUGAGACAUCGAAAAGCAACAGCACUAAAAGGUGAUUGGGAUCCCAAUAAUAUGAUCCAAGCAGUUGAAAAUUUUUUAAAUAAAACUCUAUCUGAAAGAAAAGCUGUUGAGAUGUUUGGAGUCAAACGUUCAACUCUUAAGAGGCGAUUAAGAAAAGAAGAAUAAAAAUAUUGUUUAGUUUCUGAAAAAAUGGGAUAUGGGUUAAGUCCUAUUAAUCUAAGAGCACUAACAUUUGAAUAUGCUCUCAAACUUGAGAAGAAGUGUCCACAUUCUCGUCGAGGUUCUGCUAAACCUUGGGAAACAAAUAAACAUGCAGGUGUAGAUUGAUUUAGAGCUUUUUUUAGUCGUCAUCCAGAACUUGUUAUAAGAAAACCAGAGGCAAAAUCAAUUGGUCAAAUGUCAGCAUUCAACAAGUAUAAUGUAAAUCUAUUUUAUAAUAAUCUACAAAGUCUUUUGAUUAAAUACAAGUUUUCACCAAAUGAUAUAUGGAACGUUGAUGAGACUGGUGUUACUACUGUACAAGUGCCAGAGCAUGUUUUAGCCAAGAGAGGAAAGAGGCAAGUUGCUUCUGUUACAAGUGCAGAACGAGGUAUCUUGGUAACAAUGUGCAAUGCAGUAAAUGCAAGUGGAUCCUCAAUAACACCAUUCUACAUUUUCCACGUGUUCAUUUUAAAGAUUUUUUUCUGCGAAAUUCAAUUCCUGGUUCUGUUGGCACUGCCAACAAAUCUGGGUGGAUGGUGGAAUCAACCUUUAUGGAGUGGUUUAAUCAUUUUAUAAAUAGUGUUCGACCAUCUAAGGCAAACCCUGUGCUGUUGAUACUAGAUAAUCAUGAGUCUCAUAUGUCAAUUAACUUCAUUGACUUAGCAUCAGAUAAUGGUGUAAUUGUUUUAACAAUCCCACCCCAUUCAUUACACAAACUGCAACCAUUAGAUAUAACAUUGUAUGGACCUUUCAAACGUCAUUAUAAUCGUGAAAUUGGUAGCUGGUUGGUAUCACAUCCAGGAAAAACUGUUUCAAUCUAUGACAUUGCAGAAAUUUCUGGAAAGACUUGGGCAAAAGUAUCAAUGCCAGUUAACAUCAUUAGUGGUUUUUCAGUAUCUGGAAUAAGUCCUUUUCAACCUGAUCGGUGGAAGGAUGAGGAUUUUUUUUUAUCUCAGGUUACAAAUAGACCCAAUCCUGAAACACUCAACAUCAAUCCAGUAUCAUUAGAAAUUAUUAGACCUAAUCCUGAAGCACUUAACAUCAAUCCAGUUUCAGUAGAAAUUAAUAGACCUAAUCCUGAAGCACUCAAUAUCAAUCCAGUUUCAAGGACAUCAAGAAAGAAAUCAAGCAACUCAAAAACUCUAAAGUUUCCAUUAAUGACAUAUAAUAAUGAUGAGGCUGAUGAUAUUCUUGUUGAAAGAAACGAUAAUGGUGUCAAAGAUAGUUUAAAUUUUUGUGGAGGUAUUACAUCAAAUUAUGAUUUGUGUGCUAUAUGUGAAGAAAUGGGUCGUGACAACGAAGUGUGGUACCGUUGCAGACAGUGUGCGAGCUGGGCACAUAAAGCUUGCACAAGUAUAGAUAAUGCCAGCCAAUAUGUUUGUGAUUAUUGUAAUUUGAUUAUCUGAUUGAGACUUCGGUCUAAAGUUGUAUUAAUUAAUUCAGAAAUAUCAAUGUCUCAACAUA